AUGCCUUCUAAAGCUAUCGCUUUUGCUGCAACACUCAACGUGAGCUCAAAGAAUGAAAUCAUUGUCUGGUACCUCAAAGACGGUUAUUCUCUCAUGAAACUCAGACCCAUCAAUGCACUUCUCGACAAUUAUAAGGAAACGAUUGUAACGAAAUCGGCACCAAUAGUCGGCGUAUCAACGGACAACAAAGAAGUCCCUUCUCAAGUCCCUCCUUUCCAAGAUUCGUGGACCUUUGCGCAAGCAACCACUACUAAAAUGAAAUAUGCAUUUGCUGUUAGAGAUGACCACAAGGUCUGCAUGAUCAGCCCUGCAUACUAUCCAUUGCCAAAUACUACACCAACCAAUUACAGCGUCGCCGCUUGUGGAACGACAGUCAAAGGAUCAGAGGGACCUAGAGAUUCUGUUUUGCUAUUCUAUCUGAAGGCAGAAGGAAAUAACGAUCCCGAGCUUAUCGAAUACGACAUGGAAGUUCCCUGGCAGAAACCAUUACCGGAUGCGCAUCCAGACAGUAAAAAGUACAUCUAUGAGUACAACACUUUCAAGCGUAGAGGAGAGGAACGGCUACCAAUCGAAGAUGCACUGGCUACGACUCCCCUGGCCGCCUGUCUCUACAACAAAACUGUGUACUACUUUUGGCUCUCCGGUGGCUAUGUUCUGAUGUAUAUCACAUGCGUGAAUGGGAAAUGGAGCAGUCCGGCCUCGGUCCCGCCAAACGAGGACGACAACCAGGCGCCAAAUAAAGCGGACUCUCAGUCGGACCUCGCUGCCGUGGCUGAUCCCUCCAACAAAUGUAUAGUACUUUACUACAAGGCCGAUGGUUCACCCUCGGACUAUGACGAAUUUGUGUGGAAGAAUCUAGAAUAA